UUGUCGCGACGGGCAAGACAAAAACAAUUAACUGGGCAGUGCAAGUCAAUUGAGGGAGCAAUCUUAAUUGUAUUUAUUAAGUUUAGGCGUUUAGAUUAGUGCGAAUACUCAGCGGCCGACGAAAUGCAGAGUGUCCUCAAUACCGUAAAGGGCACAGCGCUCAACGUGGCCGAGUAUCUGACGCCCGUUUUGAAGGAGUCGAAGUUCCGCGAGACAGGUGUUCUCACUCCGGAGGAAUUCGUGGCCGCCGGUGAUCACCUGGUGCAUCACUGCCCAACUUGGCAGUGGGCCGCUGGCGAUGAGACAAAGACGAAACCCUACCUACCAAAGGAUAAGCAAUUCCUGAUAACGCGCAAUGUUCCGUGCUAUCGCCGCUGCAAGCAGAUGGAGUACGUCGGCGAGGAGACGCUGGUGGAGGAGGAGUCCGGUGACGGCGGUUGGGUGGAGACCCAUCAGCUGAACGACGAUGGCACCACCCAGCUGGAGGACAAGAUCUGUGAACUGACAAUGGAGGAGACAAAGGAAGAAAUGCACACUCCAGAUAGUGACAAAUCAGCGCCGGGCGCGGGGGCCGAGGCCGAAGACGAGGACGACGACGAGGCUAUUGACAUGGACGAUUUCGAGGAGAGCGGCAUGUUGGAGCUGGUCGAUCCGGCCGUUGCCACCACCACACGCAAACCGGAGGCGGAAGCAAAGGCAAGCCCAGUGCCAGCCGCAUCGGGCGACGCGGAGGCCAGCGGUGACUCAGUGCUCCACACACGCACCUACGACCUGCACAUCAGCUAUGACAAGUACUAUCAGACGCCACGACUCUGGGUGGUGGGGUACGAUGAGCAGCGCAAGCCCCUGACGGUGGAACAGAUGUACGAGGAUGUCUCGCAGGAUCACGCCAAGAAAACUGUCACCAUGGAGUCGCAUCCGCAUCUUCCAGGUCCCAAUAUGGCCUCGGUGCAUCCAUGUCGGCAUGCGGACAUUAUGAAGAAGAUUAUACAGACGGUAGAGGAGGGCGGCGGUCAGCUGGGAGUGCAUUUAUACUUGAUCAUAUUCCUGAAAUUCGUUCAGACCGUCAUACCAACCAUCGAGUACGAUUUUACGCAAAACUUCAAUAUGUCUUAAGACCCGCCAUGCUUUUCAAUAUUGACGCAAUAGAUUUACAUAACUCAUUAAACGCAAGUUUGUGAACUAAUAAUUGAAUAAAGAUUUGGGCAAACAGCUUACGCAUUAAAGACCUGUAA